AUGCGUACCUCAUUCGUCACGGCGAGUCUUCUCGUAGCUGCAGCAACUCAAGUUAUGGCACAAUACACAAAUCAAUCCGCACCAUUUGUCCUCGUACUUGAGUCUCACGAUUACGCACUAGAUGGCCUCACUCUCUCACCUUGCCAUGAAGGCGCUGCCAUCGAAGGCCUUUGUCUCGGCCCUUCAAUCGAGAGUAAAAACACCACCUUCUCCACAUACAAUUUCAACACUUCCUCUUUCGACACCGGCUUCAAUACCACUAUCGGCCAAACCGGUAUCUUGACAUGGCUUCUUCGAGGUGGAAAUUUCAAUCUCUCUUCACCUUUCAGUCUUAGCAUUAGAGCCACAAGCAAUGUUGCGAUGCCAUUGUUUACUCCCAGUUCAACCUCGGAAUGGACGGUAGCGUUUGACGACCACGAGUUCUUGAAUAUGCAAAGCUAUUUGGAUGAUACAACUUCACCGAUUACCUUUAGGACGGAAGCUUAUUAUAGGUGGGCCAUCUGUGAUACGUAUUGGGGAUAUGCCUAUACCACUUUGGCUUGGAUUGUUGGCGAGGGUGCUCCACAGAACCCAAGUUGCAAGAGCGUUCGUGUUUACAGGAAAUUCUCUCCCUACGAGAGCGAGGGAUAUAGAACAGUUUAA